CUGAGCGGUCGCCCACAUUUCAUUCUGGUGUAGAGCACGUUUUCAUUAUACAGCCCUUCCUUCGCCUUCAUUUCGAUUCACGCAUCUUUGACAUCGCAAUGUUGUUUAUAUCGUUGUUUGCCGUUGUCGCCUGCGCAUUUGCAGGUUCAAGCCAGAUUUUUGCUGCUCCCAUACCCAUACCGAAUGGCGGUUGCACCGUUGUUCAACGCCAAUUUGAUCCUUGGUCGACGGGAAACAUACAGUUUGGAUCAGGUGGAAUGACGCCGGGCGACGUGCACGACAGAAGCAAUGACUUGACCGCCGACGAACUGCAUUUCGGCGUGGCGGGUGAUGGGUUAGUUGUAUCACCGCCGUCGCAGGAUGUCAUUGUUCCCAAGAGCAGUUAGAUUAGCACGCUAGCCGAGUAGUCCCACUGUCGCAUACCGUCGAGAGCAUGUCCUCGUCGAAGAUUGGGAUGUACGUUUUCCAAGCAUAGCGCGAACUAUAAGUAGAUCGGUCAGCACACUUCCCAACACGACACACUCA